UUCUCGUUUCACCCUUUUUCUUCUGAUUUCUUAAUCACCACUCUUCUUUUACCUCGUUUCACUCAGACAAAUCCAGUUGUCGCUGGCCAGAUCCACCCCCUGCCACUAUAAACACAAGUACCUUCCUUUGUACUCGGUCGUGUCCAAAGCACUUCUUUUGCCGUAAACAUUGUUCAAUCAAAUAAUAUCCUCUUCGCUGUAUCUAACACAGUAGAGCUUCUUUUCCUUGUAACUUGCUACAAGUUUUGUCAUUGUCACCAACACCCUUGUAAAUCAAGUUCGAAAACUCCCAUAUUUUUUGCUGGAUUUUUGUUUGUGACUACUACAGAUGAAAAAAAGGGCUUCUGGGAUUUUGAAGUUGAUAGCUGCAGUGAGGGCAAUGGCCAAGUCAAAAGCUUUGGCUCUGAAGUCCAGGACGAACGCCAUGAAAGCUCGAUUGGUUAUAUUCUCGCUUGUGAUGAACAAGAGGUAUGUGAUGAGCACCAUUUCUGAUAAGUUCCAAUCUCUUGGGCAUCAUCAUCAUCAUUCACGUGUUAAAGAAGUUCAAGAUGUUGUUGAUAGCGUUGAGAACAAAUGCACCGUGGUGGUCAAUGACAGUGCACACUUAAGUGAGGUUGUUUCCGAUGUUGUUCCUGGUGAGACCCUUGUGGUAGUGGAGGACAAGAAUGAUUAUGAUUAUGAUGAUGGUGAAUGUGAAUGUUACAACGAUGAUGAAUAUGAUGAUGAUGAUGAUGGCAACAAGUACCCGGAUCUUACACACACAAUGUUUGAGUCAGAGGAUUCGGAUAUUGGAGGGUCUGUUAUUGAAAUGGUGAAGAGUUCAAAGGAAGAAGCAGGGCAAGAGUUCAAGAUGGAGGAUGAAAUUGACCACAUGGCUGACCUUUUCAUCAGGAAAUUCCGCAGGCAAAUCUUGCUGCAGAAACAAGAUUCUCUUAACAGGAACAAUGAGAUGCAGAAGUUGCUUGAAAGUUGAAACUUGUAUUCAAAUUUUUUUUGUAUGUUGUAGGGGUGAAACCUCAUCUCUCCCGUUAUUAAUAUUUUAAAGAAAAUGGGAGUUUAUUUGCUCAGAAUGCUUUGCCUUUACAAGAACAAGUCAUGAAUGAGAAGUGGUUAUUUUCAAGUAGAAUAAAAUAUAACAUGUUGGGGUUGGAA